AUGGAAAGAGGAAACGAAACAAGAGUCAGAAACUUUCUCCUCCUGGGAUUCUCGGAGAAGCCAGACCUGCAGCCUCUCCUCUUUGGGCUGUUUCUGUCCAUGUACUUGGUCACAUUUACCGGGAACCUGCUCAUCAUCCUGGCCAUCAGCUCCGACUCCCACCUCCACACACCCAUGUACUUCUUCCUCUCCAACCUGUCCUUGGUAGACAUCUGUUUCACCUCCACCACCGUCCCGAAGAUGCUGGUGAACAUCCAGACACAGAGCAGAGUCAUCACCUAUGAAGGCUGCAUCACCCAGAUUUUUUUUUUCCUUGUGUUUGGAUGCUUGGACAAUUUACUCCUAACCGUGAUGGCCUAUGACCGCUUUGUGGCCAUCUGUCACCCCCUGCACUACACCGUCAUCAUGAGCCCUCGGUUCUGUGGACUACUGGCUCUGGGGUCCUGGUGCAUCAGUGUUAUAGGCUCCCUGCUUGAAACCUUGACCGUCUUGAGACUGUCCUUCUGCACAAACAUUGAAAUCCCACACUUUUUUUGUGAUCUCCCUGAAGUCCUGAAACUCACCUGUUCUGACACCUUCAUCAAUUACCUGGUGGUAUAUUUUGUGACUAUUGUCCUAGCUGUUUGCCCUCUCUCUGGAAUCCUCUUUUCUUAUGCUCAGAUUUUGUCCUCCAUCCUGAGGAUUUCCCCAGCUGGCGGCAAGUACAAAGCUUUCUCCACCUGUGGGUCUCACCUGUCAGUGGUCUCCUUGUUCUAUGGCACAGGUCUGGGGGUCUACCUCAGUUCUGAAGCCACUUCAUCCUCUAGAACAAGUUUGGUGGCCUCAGUGAUGUACACCACGGUCACCCCCAUGCUGAACCCCUUCAUCUACAGUCUUCGGAACAGGGACAUGAAGAGGGCUCUGGGAGGACUCCUUAUCAGGAGUAACUGUCAGGGAUAA